AUGCCGAGCCUGGCCGAGCUUGAAGAGUGGCUGGAGGAGCAGUGGCCUCGAAACCUGUAUGGCCUCCCACACAGGAUCUCAGAAACGGUAUACAGCUACUCAGAAGUACUGUACGAACAGCUGACCAAGUAUGGCCCGCCGGCGCUGCCAAACGUCUCACUCCCGUCGCUGAGGGACACGAUUGAGGAGCACUUGCCCUCAUUUUCUCGCAUCGAGCCGCCGCCUCCCCCACCACCACCACCCACGAGGCUGGAAAGGAUUACAGGGUUGACAGCGCUCACGGGAAGGGGAAAGCCAACAAGGCGGCCAGCACGAGUACGAAAUGGCAUACGGAGAGAGGCAGUUGUCAUCCUCGGUGCGGACACCGCCAUCGGGCGAGCGGUGCUGAUGGCACUCGCGUCUCAAGGCCUGAUCGUCAUUGCCUCCGUCAGUAACCCAGCCUCGCUCAGGAGUUUUGACUCGCAGCUUCUUCCGUCAUCACGGGGCUAUGUUGCCGUGCGUCACUUUGAGCCGACCGCGAUGCCUGAUUCGAUCACCAGCUUUGCGUCCGAGGUGCACUCGACGCUCGCCCUUCGCUUUCCGCUUACCGCCGCUGGAGACCCAUUUGCAAGGCCAGGUGAUAAUGUCACGCUGAUCGGCAUCGUCAAUGCGCUCAGCUUUAUCUCAUUUCCUGCGCCUGGGACCGUGCCGGCUUCGAUCACCUCGGACAGGGGUAGCAGCGCAGGCGCCAUGGCGCUCUCCCGUGCGAUGGACCAGCACGUUGUGGGCCCGCUCGCAGCGAUCUCUGCGCUGCUUCCCGAGGUGCGCAUCGCACAGAAGCGCAUGUACAGCGCCAACCCCGAGUGCGUGUCGCCCGUGACGAUCAUCUCGCUCGUUGCCAAGGUCGGCAGCGGCACGAGCGCGACACACCGCAUGGUCUCGCAGGCGGCUCUCGCGGGCGCAGAUGCCCUCCGCGGGGAGAUCACGGGCAGCAGUGCGGUGCAGAGCCGUCCUGUGCGGAUGACGGUGCUGGAAAUCGAAUUGCUGUCCCCGCCGCCUGUGCAUCCUUUCGCCGCGGCAGGCGGCACGACGUUUGGCCCCACGAGCCCAGUGCGCCCGUCGGUGCAACGAUCGAUUUCCGCCAGCAUUGGUGGCGGCAGCAGCAGCAGUACGUGGCAAACAAAGGACGCGCACACCGUCCGGCUGCAGAACAGGGUCGUCGACCUGGUCCUUGCGGCAGACUGUGGCCGAGCACUCAAGAAGCGGUAUGUGGUGCGGGCACCGACGAGCCUCGCUGCGUGGCGUGCGCUAGCACACAGCUACGUCCCGACUUUUGUCCAUGCUCGGUUCUGCAGGGCGUGGGAAGCAGCGCCAGUCGUAUGGGUGCGGACACUCAUCGCGCAGCAUGGCGCACGGCGCAGCCGGCGGAGCAGGCGGAGCGGCUCCUCGGACACAUGUGGCGGCAGCAAUGCUAGCAGCCAGCAGCUCGUGCGUUCUCAUGCGUCGGUUAGCGCGUCUGACUCCCGGGCAGGAGGCAGCAGCAGCGUCCCAGUAGCGCUGCAGCAGCGCUUGCGCACUGUGCAGCAGGAGGCGCUGCCAACUCCCGGAGGCACGUCCGCGACGCCCGCGAGCAGCACACCGUCGCACGCUGGCGGCGAGCUGGAGGCGCCGUCCUGCUCGAGCGGGGACGAGCUGCAAGGCAGUAGUGACGGUGGUGGUAGUGGUGGAGGCUAUGGCUUGCGUGCGCGCCAAAGGGACGGCGAGCGCGAGCGCGAUAGCGACGAGAACGGGAACGACAGUGAGGGCUUUGUGCUGCAUUCUGCGCCUAGCUCGUCAGCGGACGGAGAGGAGGAUGCGCGCUGGAGCGCGGCUGGCAGCCCGUGGUUUGGGCCGCAGCCUCACAGCAGCAGCAGCAGCCGCCUCCUUCAACCAGCGGGGGCGGGUGCGUUCAGGAGCAGCGGGCCGAGCGAGAUCAGCAGCAGUAGCGCUGCAAUCUACGUGAGCAACGGCAACAGCAACAGCAGCGUCGAGCACGGCUCGGCGUCAGGCGCCAACAGCGGCGUGCUCGGUGGUAGCUGGGUUCGUCUUGGCGAUUCGCAAGAGGGGAACAUCACACAGCCGCAGCAGUAG